AUUGAAAUCAUUCAUUAGCAUAUUGAUAUAUAUCUCUCUCUAUAUAUAUGAGACAUUCUAUAUAAUAAUUAAAGUUUUAACUUAUCCAGUUCAUUUAUUCAAUUGUUUAGACAAAAUGAUGAAGUGCAUUUAAACAAACUCAUUAUUUGAAUAUAAAACUGAUCAUUUACAAAAUGUUCAGAGGUUUUCUUUAAUGAAGAAAAUAAAAAUAAACAAACAAACAGACAGAAUACACUUUUAUCUACACUUAGAUACACAUAGAUAUACAUAGAUUUGCAAUGAUGAAAUUAAUUGACAAUCAUUGACAAUGAAUCCAAGUUAUUUUUUAAUUAUAUUACUUUAUAAAUUCUUUUAUAUUGGAAUUUUAUGUAGUCAAAUUCAUUCAGACAAUCAGCCAUACGGUGGAGCUCAAUUAAAAAUUGAAUGGGAUUAUAACAAUCCAGCAUCGUUAUUGGAGAAUGGACAAAUUUGUGACCGUGUUGGCGGAAAAGAAUGUGAUGUUUAUUUCACAUUAUGUCUAAAAAAUGCAGCCUCAGUUACAGAUGACAUAGAUAAAUGUCAUCUACUACAGCAUACCACACGUAUAUUUGAUAACGCUGGUUACUUAGAGUUUCGUGAAAGUGAUGGUAUUGAAAUAUUUGUACCACAACCUGUUCCUAACGAAUAUACAUUUACGUUAGGUAUAUUUGAGCAAGAUAUUUUUGGAUCCGUUGAAGUGAUUGGUACAUUGGUCGCUAAUCAUUUUUCAUUAUUACCAACAAACAAUUGGACAAACAUAAGAAUGUCCAGAGAAAAUGAUCAAUAUAAAAAUACCAUUUACGUUAAUGUAAGAAUGCGUCUUAGUUGCGUAAAAGACUAUUAUGGCAAUCAUUGUCACAUUUUCUGUAAACCAGAACCAUCUCGAUAUACUUGCAGUUCAGAUGGUUCUUAUAUUUGUCUCCCAGGGCUUCGAGGACCAAAAUGUGAUAAAGAGGAUUCAUGUUUCUAUGAACCAUGUGCUGAUCAUGCAACAUGUGUAAAUAAAGAUGAUGAAAGUGGACGUAUCUGUUUAUGCAAUGGACAAGAAAAACCGGAAUGCUAUCCAAAUUAUAAUCCAUGUGAUUCAAAACCUUGUCAAAAUGGUGGUGAAUGUCAAUUAGCUGGACAUUAUAAUGAGAGUUACAUAUGUCAUUGUCCUGAACAAUGGACAGGUCAUAAAUGCAAUGAAAGACGUUCGGCAUGCUUAGAGGAGGCAGCAAAAGUUCAGCGUAAUAAUAAUUUGUCCACUGACCAUUACAACAAUUCAACUGAAGUAACGUCCGUUUGUUUAAACGGCGGUACGUGUUUUGAUCAUCCAAUCAGAUUUGAAGUUCGUUGUGUGUGUUUACCUGGUUGGAUAGGAUUAAGAUGUGAAAUACCUGUUGAAAUAGAAACAGCAGUAAGAAAAGUUUUGAAGUUUUUUUUUAUUAUCGAUAAAUCUAUUAUGUUAAUAAGUCUAUUAUGUAUCAUUCCACUCAGACAGUUGUUCAUUGACCAUGAAGAAGUAGAUAGAAUUUUACUGUGCUUUAAUGACAUAGACCGUUUAUCAAGCAGGUACGAUGUUAAAGCACAAUAUAUAUAUCCAAUUACAGGUAUGGUGGAACAUUGGGACAACUUACCAAAACUGGAUAACAUCGAAAAAAUAUUACACAAAUGUGCAGAAAUGAUUUACAUUUUCCGGGAAGAUUUUGGAAAAAUGAGACAAUGGAUAUGAGUUCAUAACUUUCAGGGUAGAGUGGAAUUUCAUUUUGUCCUCUGAACUAAUUUAUGCUUAGUAUAUUUGAACUAAAAAUACCUACUUUAAUGGUUUCAUUUACAUAAUGACGAUUUGUUCUUACAGUUAGUAACAGGAGUUUAAAUUCAGUAUCAGUAUCCAGAUGUAAAAGGCGAAAUAAUUACUACGUUGUUCAAAGCUUUACUUAUCAUGAUAACUGAAAAAUUCAUCAUCGAUCUAUGUCGCCCAGUGUAUUGAGAUUAAGCUUUUUAAGUUUUGAGCGUAGAAAAUCAGUAUAUAUAUCCUUCUGUUUUUCAGAAAUCAAAUUGGAUAUUAAUAACACUCAUUAGUGUCGGAAUUGUUUUAUUUAUCACGGUUGUUCUUCUUACAAUUGGAGUUAUCUGGAAAUGUUUCAUCAGGAAACGUAAGGUACAAUAUUUAAAUAAACAUGGACCUAUUGUAUUAUAUCACAAUCCUCGAAGUUCAGCACAGUCCAAUUAUGGUAGUUCAUGUCCACUCAAUCAACAUUUCAUGAAUAUUACAUACGAAGAUACAUCUAAUAUUCCUCCAUUAAUUAAAAAAUCAUCAAAUGCUGCUUACAGUAAACAAUUAGAACCAAGUACAAUACCUGACGAAUAUGAUGAAUGUGAUCCACUAGGCAUAUAUUCUGGUACAGGAAUAUAUGAAACUGGAUUUCCACCAGAUGAGAAUACAGAAGGUAUUGAUAAUAAAAAUAAUCCAUUAACAACAACAGGAAGAAUAUCAGAUCCUUUUGAUGAAAAUGCUCCUCCUUUACCUGAUCGAUCGGAAACAUAUGGUUCUCCAUCAAUUCAAAUGGUUUAUGACUUCAAUCAAUCCAUGGAUAAGAAAAGACCACAAUCACCGUCAAACUUAAGUACAUUUACAAAUAAUUUUAAUGACUCAACUACAUAUCGAUCUAUUAUGAAACGUGACCACAUAACAAAUGUUUCAGCAAUUAAUUCACCUGUUUUUGAAAAUCGGCCAAAGAUUUAUAGACGAACCUCAAGUGUUUGUGACGCAUAAAUAAUUUAUUUUCAGCUUUUAAAAUUUACUCAUAUGGAUGGAUAUUUAAUAUGACUGACUAACAGCUGAACUUGACAAAAUGAUUCGUCUCUCUUUUAUUCUUCAAAACCAAAACAAUUAAGUCUUAACAAUCAAUAUUUUGUAAUUUUAAUAGUGUUUCCCAAUUCCCCUUGUUUUAUCAUUUAUAAUGGUUUUGUACUGAUUUAUCGUUUUUAAAUCAUAAUGAUUAUUUUAUAAAUAAAUAAACUUGUUUUUAAAC